CUCGUUCGGAAUCAUCAGUCCGACUUCGACUUCAGUUACGACUUCGACUAACCAACGAUGCAUCUGAAGAGUUGCUGCGCUCUACUCCUGCUGGCGCUGGUCGCCUGUCAGGCCGCACCCUCGCUCAAAGCCGAGGAUAGGUCGAUCGAAGCGGAAUCGGAGGAGCUGAGCGGAAUCGAAGAGACUGAUGCAGAAAAGGAAAGACACAAGAAGUCGACAACUUUAUGUGUGGAGUUCAAUUCGGGAGGACAACAGGUUCCCUGCAGCCAGUUGCAACAGCAGCAGCAGCAGCCGCAGCAGCCAGCUGUGCUUGUGCAAGAAGCACAGUCUAAACCUUAUUACUUCCUGUCGCAACCGUCACAGCAGGCCCAACAAUCUCAGACCAUAGUAGUGCCGGCUUCUCAACCAGUUGUGCAACCAACUCCUCAGGCCCACAUUAUCCACUUACAAGGGCCUCAACCGCAACCGCAACCGCAACCGCAACAGAAAAUAGUGGUGCAGCAGCCUCAACAAGUUGUUCAGCCGACUUAUUCAACUGUUCAAAUAGUUCAACCUCAACCUCAACCUCAGCCUCAGCCUCAGCCUCAGCCUCAGCCUCAGCCUCAGCCUCAGCCUCAGCCUCAACCAACUGUAAAGGUGCAGACCCGACCAUCUGUCCAGCUCCAGCCUCCAGCUGUUCAGGUGAAGCCCCAACCAACCUACCAGGUGCAGACUCGACCAGCUCAGGUUCAAGUACUUCAGCCUCAACAAAUUCCGCCGCACACCCACGUCAUCCAAAUUCAAAAUCAGCCUCUGCCUCAGCCUCAACCUCAACAAAACACCGUAGUCGUGCCUAAUGCUCCAGUUCAGCAACAAAAGACCCAGGUCCUGGUUCCAAGUAUAAAGUUCGAAUCUCCUGCUCCCUGCGCAUCAGAACUGGUAAUUCAACAGCCUCAGGUGGAAGUGCUUACUCCUCAAAUUUAUUCUCAAGUUGUACAGCCACAACCAACCAUCAUCGAGGUGCCAUACAGUGUGCAGCAAGAAGCACAGCCUGAAGAUGACUUAUACGAGUGCAGUUGCCAUCCCGGAAAACAGAGUUUAAAAACCAAAUACCCUACAGUAACCGACGUUCUAACGUUGGCGUACCCUGGCGCCUCGAUCGUCUCUGGCGGUCCGCUCGUCUCUGCCAGAGCGUCUAUUGAACCCAUCUCCUCUGGCGCGUCUAUGGGGCCCAUCAGCGGCAGCGCGUCUCUUGGACCCAUCACCGGCAGCACGUCUCUUGGAUUGCUCUCCAGCCGCUCGUCCUUUAAAAGCCCGCUUUUAAAUCUCAAUACAGACGUCAAUCAUUUCCAAGAUUUGGCAUAUACGGAAGCAAGACGUCAUAAACAUCAUAAGGUCCCGGCGCAGCUUUCGGUACAAGUCCCCGUCUCCACCGUUCCUGUCUCUCCCAAUGCUCCCGCCAUCUCAUAUUCAUCCCCCAAUGUUCAAUAUUAUUCAUAUCCUUCGACAGAUACCGUUCCAGCCUCGUACAACUCGUACAACUCGUACAACUCUCCUAACACUUACGAAAACUCUUACACUUAUCCCUAUCCUAAUUCUUAUGCCUAUCCUAAUACCUAUUCCAAUUCUUAUUCAUAUCCCUCUGAAACACCACUGAUCACCGUGAAUGCGAGUGGACCACUUUAUCGCGAAUCGCAACACACAGACAAUGGGCAGGAAAUGCCGACGACUGACAAACCAAAAGAGGCUUCAACAUCUUCAAAUUCUGAGGACAAUAUCAAUAAAAAACGAGAGACUGACCUCACACAAUUGAACACAGCCACACAGGAGCAAAACGCGAAGGAACAGAACACCUUGAAAGCGAUUCAAAUAUAGAAGUAGAACGGCCCCUCAAACCCUCAAAGGCGUAAAUAUGUCUCAACAAUUUGUUUACGUCUAAAUGAGUAAUUUAACGCCGGUGCGUCUCAUUUGAAUAUCUAUUAUUUCAUUAUUUAUUUAGCUCAACGCGAUUAAAAUAUUAUAAAAUGCUUAAUAAUUUUUAUAAUUUUUCUACGUAAAUAUUGUUAGUCUAUAAGAACAUGUGGGAUCCUUUUUUAUAUCAAUAAAUGCUAUUUUUCAAUUGCAAA